AUGGAGGACGGGACGGUAUAAAACAGGAGGCUAUCAAGGAAGGCAGAGUACAUUCGUAUUUCUGUGUUGUUCUCUCUCUCUGGUUUCUCUCUCAUAACUCAUAAGUUGGGAGUAAUUGAUUGGAAAUUGUGAGCUCACGGAGCUGUGUAAUCUGGGGAAUUUUUGAGAGAUUUGAGAUCGGUAUCGUGGAUUUGAAGAUCGCAAUCGAUUUAAGAAACCUCGGAAUUCUUCUUGUUUCUCUGCUGAAAGCGCUAUUUUAAGCACUGGAUUCUGCUUGAUUUUUUAGGCGUAUGUGACGUCAAUUCAUUCAAUCUAAAGUUUCUCUAGAGUUUCAGUCUGCUAGCAUCCAAAUUGGGAGACCAAGAUUUGGAGGACUCCGGCUUCACUGAAUUUUUUUCAGAUUUUAUCGGCAGAGAUUUUAGGUUAAAGUUGAGGAUAGCAGAUUAGCAGAUAUUUUGCAGACGUGAACUAAAGGGGGCGAUGGAGAGGAACAUUACCCACUCCAUCAAUAGAGACGGCUUAUUGCUGAGAUCCGAAUCCAAGUCAGACGCUACGACGUCGUCCGACUUCGUAUUGCAGUGGGGCAACAGAAAAAGGCUUCGCUGCAUGAAGUUCCAGACCAAGGACCACACCAACAACAACGGUUCGGGCCCGGUUCAGCGGCCCACGACCCGGAUCGAUCGGCGGGUCGUCAGGUCGGAUCUCAGCAAGAGAGAAGAUCCGAAUUCGAAUCAGCUGCUCACUGGCAAGAGUAACGGCGGCGGCAACGGUUAUUUGAACCUCCGCCAGCGGGCGGCCUCUCCGGCUCAUCGAAUUUUGAGGAAUUCAGAGACUUCGCCUGGUAUGAGAGGACAUAGCAAAGUAAUAAGGGGAUUGACAUCCCCAGAGAUUGGUGGUACCACCGGCAAUAAUAAUAGUACCCACCUCCACAGUUGUACCAAGAACAAUAAAUCUAGUCAUCACAACGACAACCACUACCAACAUGGCAGCGGAGGUGGUGGCUCCGGGUCAUCCGGGACAGGCCACGAUGAGAAAAAGGGCGUCUCAUCCGACACCACCAUCGUGGCGGUGUGGCCUCCCAAGUUCGUGAUCGCCUUGACGAACAAGGAGAAGGAAGAGGAUUUCAUGGCGAUUAAAGGCUCAAAGCUUCCUCAGCGACCCAAGAAACGAGCCAAGCUUAUCCAGCGCACACUCAACUUGGUUAGUCCAGGUACAUGGUUAUGUGAUCUGACUUUGGAAAGGUAUGAGGUCAGAGAGAAGAAGGUUUCUAAGAAGAGACCUAGAGGGUUGAAGGCGAUGGGAAGCGUGGAAUCGGAUUCAGAGUAGAGUAGAAGGGGAGAUAUUUGUAUGAGGAGAUUCUGAGAAGUUGUUGAGAGGUUUGAGAGAGUUCAGAUUUGUGAAAAUAUUUCCCAAAAUUGUGGUCUUCAAGAUUAAAUUCUUGGGGGUUCAAUAUAAUUAUAAUUAUGAUAUAAGUAUAUCCUUGCUUUUCAAUGAA